UCCAUUCCCUCCCACCACUUCCUCCCCCCUCCCCUCCCUCCAAAAAGGCUAUUUCGCCUCCCCCUCCCUGUUUUCUGGCGCUUCCCUGGAGGUUUCCUUGAGUCCUCUCCCCCAUCAUCCUGUGCGUGUGUCGCAUACUGGCAUCAGACAGUGGAAGCGAAACGAAUUCCCGAGCGAGAGCCUUUUGGCAGCUGUCAUCUGGAGAUCCUUCUUCUUGAAUCUCCUCACGGCUGUUCGUUCCUUCUUUGCUUUUCGAAUCCGAACAUCCAGUGAUACACCCUGGUCGACCUAGCCCUGUUGCUGGGAAACCUUGAUCAUCGGUGGUCUUAACUUUGAUCGGAUUUACCUCCUUGGACCCUUUCGACUAGGUUCGAACCUUCAAACAAAGGCAAACAAUGGUCAACGGCACCACCACGGUGUUGGAGCCCACCUUUAUGGGAUAUGUUGCAUCAACACAAGAUGCACUGAUUCUGUUCGAGGCCUGUCUGACUGGUGUGCUGCACCAUGUCCCUCGUCGGCCGCACGAUCGGGAACGGAGUCAUCUGGUCCGCAGCGGUAGCGUUUUUAUCUACGAGGAGAAUUCGUCAGGGAUCAAGCGAUGGACGGACGGAGUGACCUGGAGUCCCAGUCGCAUCCUGGGCAACUUUCUAGUGUAUCGAGAGCUGGAGAAGCCGUUUCCGCCAGGUGAGAAGAAGCGAGCGAUGAAGAAGGCAAACCGACGUCCGGUGCCGUCGACGCGACCGGGGGAGCCGUAUCCGCGACAGGAAAGUAACGGGGCCUAUUCUCCUUCCUCAACAGCCGGACCUUUCGGCGAUAGACCGCAUCAGUCCGACGUGGAACGAGCGCUGGUCGGCUCGCUGGUCGAUUCGUACGGCUUCAAGGAUUCGGGCUUGGUCAAGAAGACGAUGAGCGUAACGGUCUCGGGUGUGACGCAUCACCUGGUGUCUUAUUACAGCGUGGACGACGUGAUGCGGGGGUUGCUGAAUCCGCCGUCGAUGGUCGAUUCGUUGAGAUACAUCCGGCCUCGUGCAGAACUAACGCAGAAGCAAAGCUUCCGGGCCCCAAUCGAUGAUCUGGAAUCGGGAGGUUUGGAGAAUGCGAAUGACCAGUCGCAUGCUUUGUACGGAUACCGACCUCACCUGGUUGCGCCUCCAGGCUAUGCGAUGCCUAACCCUCACCCUGAAUUCUACAUGCACGCAACGCCUUAUGCUGCGACCCAUCCGCCACAGUCUACGCCCAUUGCUGGAUACUCUAUGGGAGGAUCGAUUCCGGCUCAAUCCGCUCCCAAUCCUUACCUACCUGCACCGUCCGCUCCUACUCAGAUCCCACAGAAGCCGGAGGACUAUACGCAAUUUAGACAGCCUUCGUAUGGCACCAGUUUCGACGCACUCGGCCACAAUCCACUGUCCUCGUCGAUCCCGUCAGCCCUCAGCACGGGCAUGCCAAGUUCUUUGAGUGACCGCAACCGAUCCCAUUCCGACCAUAGUCCGUCAGCGUAUCGCAACUCGUCAAUAUCCUCACGCAGCGUUGUCACCGAUGCGACGUCGCCCAUCGAUCCUUCAACUCCUGCUACAUACUCGCGAGGUGGGAGCUUCAGUCUGGGACCACUUGACGGAGCACAUCAACAUCUAGAACAGCGAGGGAUGGGGGGAUUUGAUCCCGGUAUCUCACGCCGGGAGUCGGGCCCCAUUCCUACACCUUACUAUACGGGCGGGGACCGACAUCAGUAUUACGUGGGGGCCACGGCCCCGGGCGCACAUACCGGGUAUCCAGUGUCGACGUGGACCACGGCAGCACCCGCGCAACCUCAGAUUUGAAGUUCCUUGUUUUUCCUUUUUCUUUUUCUUUCAUUUUUGUUUCAUGUUGAUUUCGCUCGUUUAGCCUUCACUUCUCCCAAACCCACUUUUUCCUUAUACGUUUUUAUUCUCCAGAAGGGCGGCAAUUUGGGAAUAGACUAUGCAUAUAUGCUGAGGAUGAUUACCCGGAUGAAGAAAUCGCUCUAGAGGAGAUCAAAAUACCUGUCUCGCCUUUCUUUUUCUGUUCAUUUGGGGGUUUUUGAUUUUCUGCGAGGUUUUUUUUUUCCCUUUCAUGUGGUCAUGAGCAAUAGGUUGGUUGGCUUGGGUGGCAUGGUCCUGGG